GAAUGUAUCUAGGGUUGGAGAGGAGUCAGAAGAAGUCACUUGUGUUGGAAGCUCACAGCCUCACAAAUUAGGGCCAAUUGACAAAUGGACACGUGCUAUUGAUCCUACCAAGGUUGAUUCGUUCAAACAACAGCAGCUGAACAAGGAACUAUGGAAAGAAAGAGAGCAUGAGGUGCACAAGUUUAUUGCAAGAUGGGCCUAUAAUCAUGGUAAAUUGCUAGUAUACGAUGCUGUUUUCACAUUUUAAAAUUCAUGAACUGAACACAUUUUAAAAUUAGAUUUCAUUUUUUAAUCAUUGGCAGGAAUACCUUUCAAUGCAUGUGACAAUGAUGAGUUCAAGCAAAUGUGUGAAGCAAUUGGACAAUUUGGACCAGGACUUACACCUCCAACUCAAGAUGCCUUUCGAGGUAGUUUGCUGGAAGAAGAAUAUGAAAGAACCAAGUGUUUGCUGCAGGAACGUGAAGCCGAGAAGAUGAAAAAUGGGUGCUCUAUUAUGACCGAUGCUUGGUCAGAUAGGAAGAGGAGAAGCAUAAUGAAUAUAUGCACUAAUUGUGCUGAUGGAACCUCCUUCAUCAGCUCAAAAGAGAUGUCAGAUGUGUCACACACAAGCGAAGUCAUUUUUGAAUUAGUGGACAAAGCAAUUGAAGACAUUGGUGAAGAAAAUGUGGUGCAAGUAGUCACUGACAAUGCCUCUAACAACAUGGGAGCAAAGAAGCUAUUGCUUGAGAAGAGACCACAAAUAUUUUGGACCUCUUGUGCAGCUCACACAAUCAACUUGAUGCUCCAAGGAAUUGGCAAAUUGCCUCGGUUCAGGAAAGUGAUUGACCAAGCAAAGUCAUUUACCAUAUUUGUGUAUGGCCACACAAGAACAUUGGAGUGCUUGAGAUACUUCACAGAGGGGAAAGAGCUAGUGAGGCCAGGAGUGACUAGGUUUGCUUCAUACUUUCUCACUUUGAAUAGUAUGCAAGAGAAGAAGGACCAGUUAAGGAAGAUGGUAGUUCAUAGCAGGUGGGACUCAUUAAAGGAUGUGAAAUCAAAAAAAGGAAAAGAGGCCACAGCUACUAUAUUGAGUCCAGCCUUUUGGAAGGAUGUGAAGCUAAUGUUGGCUAUUUUUGAGCCAUUGGUCAAAGUCCUCCGUUUAGUUGAUGGGGAUGUGAAGCCAUCCAUGGGUUUCCUUUAUGGAGAGCUACUAAAGGCAAAAAGAGAGAUCAAAGAGGCCUUUGGCAAUGUUGAGUCUCGAUUCAAAGAUGUUAUGGCUGUAAUUGAGAAGAAGAUGAAUGGAAGACUUGAUUCUCCAUUGCAUUUGACAGCUUUUUUGCUGAAUCCACACUAUAGCUAUGCUAACCCAUCAAUAUUUGAUGAGCCCAAAAUGAAUGAAGCCUUCAUAUCUUGUGUCGAGCAAUUUUAUUAUCAUGAUGAGGACCAACAAGAACAGGCUGCCAACUUUGAAUUGAAAAAAUUUCAGAAUAGAGAAGGACCAUUUAGCAAGAAGCUUGCAAGAACUUUUCAAAACUAUGAUUACAAUCCAGCAUCAUGGUGGCGGUUAUAUGGAACUGAAACACCAGCUUUACAAAAGAUGGCUACAAGGAUAUUAUCUUUGACAUCAAGCUCUUCUGGUUGUGAAAGAAAUUGGAGUGGGUUUGAAGGGAUACACACUAAGAAGAGAAAUAGGCUGGCUACAACCCGCCUCAACAAGUUGGUCUAUAUUCAGUUCAAUAACAGGCUGAUGAAUAACAGAGAAAAGAUUAAGUCAAAGAAAAUCACUGAUGUUCUCUUGUCUAGUGAUACAACUGAAGCUCAAGGUUUUCUCCAAGAGGGUGGAGAUGAUUGUGCACAAGUUGUCUUUAGAGAUGAGAGGAAGAUGAGAUGGAAGGUACACGGAUACCUUGGUCUGUUAUUGGAGAGGCAGUGGGAGCAGAAGAACAGCUUGAGCCUCGUAGAAGUGCAAGAGUGAGAGAGCUCUAUGAAGGAGAAGAGUUUGAGUCUGAAGAAGAAGAGUAUGAAGAUGAAGAUUUGUGCUACAGUGAAGAUGAAAUAUGAUCUGGACCAUCUCCAUCUAGUAGUGAAGCCUUUUGUGAUGCCCUGGUCUUAUGAACUGCAGCUGUGUCACUUUGUGUCUGUGUGUCUUCUUUUGUGUGAGACCUGAACUAAGAACUAUGUGCUUGUGUUGUCCUUUAUUUAUAAAUUGUGUUCUGCACUUGUAUUA